AUGGGGAAGAAAAAGAACAUGGCAUCUGCUCAUAUCGACUUCGAAGAAGAAAAUAAUGAGCUUCAGGAUGAAGUGGACACGUUUCAUGCUGCAAAUCGAAAAUUAGCACCAAAUGCCUAUAAAAAGAAAAAGGCCAAGAAAGCUGAGGAAGUGUUAAACGUGGAAGCAGACGAAUCCGAAGAAGAAAUGCAGUCUGAAUCCGAUUUUGAUGAUGACAGUGGAACAGAAUCUUAUGGUGUAGUUGAUAACGAAUGGGGACGAAAGAGAAAGGAUUUUUAUGGGACGGAAUAUGUUGACGAGGAUUGGGGAGGAAUGCGUGAAGAAGAACUCGAGGAUGCUGAACUAGAGGAGGAAGAUGCGGCUGGCAGGCAGGCUGCAUUGGAUAAAGCGGCUGCACUCGCUGCUGAAUUAUUCGAGAACGAGGAGAAGACUGCGGAAAAUCAGUCUUGUGUCAAAGAGACCGUGUUCGAAUGGAAAUUUCCAGCAGUCAAGAAACUUAACAAACGCACCGUCGGAAUUAUCGAAGAAUACAAUAGAAGGAAGGAUCUGAUGAAGGUGAUCGUGGAACCGCUAGCAGCUGUCGUAGAAAUCCUUCCUAAGAACUCAAACGUUCGCAAGCAGUUACUGUUGGUGCACGAUGUGUACACAACGUAUAUUCUGAACAUGAUGUUCUUUCUGCAACUGAAAGCUGAAGCAUUGGGUAAAAAGAAUGCUACGGAUGAGAUGGUGGACACGCAUCCUGUACUAGAAAGAAUUGAAAAAUUCUCUGAGAUGAUCAAACGCGUGGAUGCCUUCUUGGACAAAAACGCUUCCGCACUCAAGAAAUUAGUGAGGAAAGUGUCGAGUGGAGAACCCAUUGAAAAUAUCGUUGUUGAACAAUUCCCUGAGAGAACUGUGCAGAAAAAAGUGAUGGAUGCCGUGGAAGGGGAAAAUUAUGAGAACGUUGAAGGAGACCUGGCGGAUAAUGAGUUCUUGUCGCCGGAAGAGAGAAGGAAAGCAAAUAAGCAGAUAGAGAAGAACUUCAAUGCAGAUUUGAAAGGCAGGAAGAAAAAGACACCAAGAAUUGCAAAGACCAAGAAUCGUAAACGAUAUAAGGAGGCCGUAAAGAAAGUGCGCUCGCAAGUUGGAACAGUGCGAACAGAAAUGCAAAAGUACAGCGGUGAAUCAAGAGGAAUACGUGCAAGCACAUUUAUCUAUUAUUUCUGGAUUUGA